GCCCAGAAAUGCAGUUCAAAGUGCUCCAGAAGUUGCAGGGGCCCUGGACGGUCCUCAGUGGUGGCCGCCGAGUUUUCAGCCGGACUCCAGCCAGAGUAAGAGCCUACAGUGGUGACCAUAGGAGGAAGUCGAUUCCCUUCGGGGGCCCUGAUUUGAACCGGGUGAUGCUGGAGGGCUGUAAGGUCCCUGCCAGAUUCCAGGGGACUCGAGGAUGUGGCUUCACACUGUUGAGGAAAGCUACUUGUCUGCAGGAAGAACUGCAGCAUCAAAAGGAGAGUUUCUGGAGAAGUUGGCGAGCUCAGUCCGGCCGGGGAGAAACGCCACCGUGGGUGUACAGAGUCCGAGUGGCCACCGGGAAGUUUUGGGGCUCGGGAACGUUCGACUCCGUCUCCAUCACCCUGGUGGGCUUGAAAGGGGAGAGCCCCAAGCAGCUCUUGGACAACACCGGGAGGGACUUCGCCCCCGGAACGGUGGACAACUAUGAAGUCUUGAGCGAUCGUGAUCUGGGCCCCCUCCUGUUUGUCCGGCUCCAUAAGGAGCCCUACCAGUUUUUUCCAGAGGACGCCUGGUUCUGUGACUUUGUCCAGCUGACCACCCCAGAUAACAAGACCUUUCACUUUCCCUGCUACCAGUGGAUUGAGGGCCACCAGGUGCUGGAGCUGAGAGAGGGGACAGGCAAAUUAAUUUGCGAUGAUGGCGCUAACCCCUGGCAUCUGAGGCACCGGGUGGAAGAGCUGAGGUGCAGGCAGGACACGUACAGGUGGGCCCAAUUUGCCCCCGGUGUACCUCGGCGCGUGGCGGUGGAUAGCAUUGAGGAGAUGGACACCAACAUCAAGUUCUCCUUGACGAAGAUGAGCACCUUCAUGGUCCGUUCGAAACUGACAAAGUUGGAGAUCAAGCUAAAGGGAUUAAUGAACUGCAGUUACUCGUGGAAGAGGUUGGAGGACAUCCGCAAGAUUUUCUGGUUCAAUAAGUCCUUCGUUUCAGAAUAUGUUGCGGAUCACUGGCAAGAAGACGCUUUCUUUGGCUACCAGUAUUUGAAUGGUGUCAACCCCGUGCUGAUUGAGAAGUGCACCGAGAUCCCGGCCAACUUCCCUGUGACCCAGGAGAUGGUCGCCGAGUCCCUUGGAAAAUCCACCACUCUCACGGAGGAAAUCCAGAAGGGGAACAUCUUCAUUGUGGACUACAACAUUCUCCAGGAUAUCCCGACCAAUGUAAUCCAAGGUGAACAGCAGUAUCUGGCCGUCCCUUUGUGCCUCUUUCAUCAGACACCUUCUGGAAGUCUUGUGCCAAUCGCAAUCCAGCUCAGCCAAAACCCGGGCCCCAAGAGCCCCAUCUUCCUUCCCAGUGACUCCCUGUGGGAUUGGACCCUAGCUAAGAUGUGGGUCCGCAAUGCUGACUUCCACAUCCACCAGAACAUCUCCCACCUCCUGCGGACCCACCUGAUGGCCGAGGUCUUCACUGUGGCCACCCUACGGGAACUACCCAUGUGCCACCCAGUUUUCAAGCUCCUGAUCCCCCACCUGAGGUACACCCUCCAGAUCAACAUAUUAGCCAGGAUCCGGCUGAUCAAGGAAGGUGGAAUGAUGGAUCAGGCCACCUCAGCAGGAUUCGAAGGAAUUGGUCCCUUGGUAAGGAAAGGUGUUCAGAGGCUGACCUAUGCUUCCCUCUGCUUGCCAGAGGACAUCAAGGCUCGCGGAGUUGACUCUGUCGCCAACUACUAUUACCGGGACGAUGCAACAAAAAUCUGGGCUGCUAUAGAGAGCUACGUGGCAGGCUUUGUCAGAUUCUACUACCGGAAUGAUGACCGUGUCCAAGGUGACUCCGAGCUCCAGGCCUGGAUUUUGGAGAUUUUCACAGAAGCUUUCCAAAGCAGAGAGGCAUCGGGGGCUCCCUCAUCUCUGGGGACCACAGAGGAGCUCACAAAAUUCCUGACAAUGGCCAUUUUUACUUGUUCAGCUCAACAUGGUGCUGUCAACAGUGGGCAGUUCGACUUUGGGGCAUGGAUGCCAAACAGCCCCUCCACCAUGAGGAGACCCCCGCCAACUGUGAAGGGCUUGGCAACUCUGGAGGGGAUCCUUGACACAAUUCCUCCGGUCAACAUCACCUGCAUCGCCCUCUGUUCCCUGUGGCUCCUGAGCCAAGAAGCCGCGGAUCGGAGACCUUUAGGGUUCUUCCCAGACAAACAUUUCAUCGAAGAGGAACCCAACCGGCUGAUAGGGGUCUUUCAGAAUUGCCUGGCCAACAUUUCAGAGGAGAUUAACCAGCGGAACCAGUCACUGCCUCUUCCCUACAACUACCUCGACCCGCCCCACAUCGAGAACAGCGUCUCCAUCUAGGCCUUGGGGCAGAGGUGAUGAACCAGGCAGCCCCGGGUGGGCGAUUUCAGCCCAUCCUGAUUCACCAAUCCAGCAGGAUUCCGUCUAGAACUGCAGGCGCCUCACGUUUGGGGUGCUCCGUCCUCUGUCUUUGGGCUGAAAUUCUGCAGAACUAAAAACCAACUUUUUUGUAGGACAAGUACAUUUGCUGAGGCUUGCCCCCUCAUCCUUAUCAAAAGCCUGGUGGAUUCGGUGGCCUAAGAAUUGAAGAUGCUUACGCUGGGUCUUGAGAUGGUUAGAUAGCAUCACGGAAGCAAUGAGCAUGAAACUGAGCAAACACAGGGAGGCAGUGAAGGACAGGAAGGCCUGGCGCGAUGUGGUUCCUGGGGUCACGAAGAGUCGGACACGACUUAACGACUGAAGAACAACAAACAACGUUGGGUCUGUUCUUGAUUCUUCUGUUCUGCAAAUAUUUUACACACUGGCGGGUCCCAAAGAGAGUGGGCCUGUUGGGGAAGAGGUAGCUGGUCUCCCACAGGGGUUGGGUUGGCCUGGGAACAGGGCUAUCUGCCCGGGGUGUCAAGAAAGUCAAGAUGGCAGGUGCAACCGUGCAGUCAAAUCUCUGCAUAACAAAGAGGCAUGGGGUUGACUGCAUGGUGAUGGCUGCCAUCUUGACUUUUUUGACACCCUCCUGGCUGGAAGCAAUUCUUCCCAAGGGGUCGAAGUUGAAAGGGGUAGAUAAAUGGUAGAAUCAGCAUACUGUAGUUGAAGAAGCUGGCCACAGACAAUGGGAAUCAGCAACUAGGAGGACAUCAUCUACUUGAAGUUAGUCCAACUUCAAACUCUAAGUCACAUAAUUAAGAAGGAUGGAGCUUUUAUUAGCCUCAGCAUCAAGCUUCAAAUUGUGUCUAAACGAGAAAAAUAUCAAAUCAUUUGUGUAAUUGUGGUCUGUGAACUGAGGGACAUUGGUUUUGCCGGGAUUCUCUGUCAGUAACUGCCUGGAGUGUUUUUUAAGCUCAUUAAAUUGUUUAAAGUCAUGUUGCAAAAUACCACAUGACUUCAAAUAAUUUAGUGCCCAUUUUGCACAACAUUUUGAAAAUGAAGUAAAUAUAUAGCGUCUUGAAUGUGGAUUUCACAGAGGAGUUACAAGUAAUAAUUUACAUCAAAGGCACAUUUGUAAUUAAGGGUUACUUGUUCUUAAAUUUUAGGGCGUUUUUGUUGUUCUCCUUUUCUGAUGUGUAUGGAAACGACUAUACUUUUAAUAAAUGGAAAAGUACAUAUAUAUUUUUAA